GAAUGAAAUAUUAGAAAUUAAUUUUCAAAAGAUUUGCAGAACAUGUGUAAUAGAAAAACAAAGUUUGCAAACAAUUUUUCAUGUUAUCGAUAUGCUUAAGGAGUGUACUUCACUACAGGUUGAAAAAGAUGAUGGUUUACCAGAAUUAAUUUGUUUGGAUUGUAUUGAUAACUUGAACAAUGCUUUUAAAUUUCGAAAGCAAUGCGAGUUAUCGGAUCAAAAAUUACGUGAAGUUCGUUGUUUCAUAAAAACUGCUGUUAAAAUUGAAUCUAACACAUUGAAUAAUAACGAACAAUCCCAACAAGACGAUAAUAUUAAUUUUGAUAUUAAAUCCGAAAGUUCUGAUUGUAAAAAUGAUAUUGAUUUCCAUGACACAAGUAAUGUAAUUCAUACGGAUCUAGACACUGACGAUGAAGAUGAAUCCUUAGCGAAAAGAUUAUUAAAACAAAAUUUAAACCGAAAUGAAAAUAUUAUUGCUGCUAAUGUUAAGUCUGAAAAAAAUGAAAAUAUUUCAGUUGAACCUCUUAAGUCAACACAAAAUAACAAUAAAGUUGUGAAAACAUCAGUCCGGGCUAAGGUUCGACCUCCUAAAAAAACUAAAAAACUAUAUAAAAAAGAAAUAAUAACUGAAGGUGGUAUACCAUGUUCUGAAUGCAAUAAAAGUUUUGAACUUGAAUCGGAUUUAGAAAUUCAUAUGAUUACUCAUCAACAAAAUAUGGAUGAAUUAAUUUGCACAAGAUGCUCUAAAACAUUCGAUAAUAUAAAAAAUUUACGUAAACAUGUUCCUAUACAUAUGACAAACAAACCAUAUCGAUGUACAUUUUGUCCAAAGAGUUUUGCAGGAGCUGGUGAUCGUAAUCGACAUAUUAGGACUCAUACAGGUGAAAAACCGAUGGUAUGUUCCGUUUGUGGAAUGUGUUUUGCAGAUAGUAGUGGUUUAUCAUCACAUAUGAGGCGACACAGUGAUAUAAAAAAAUUUGCUUGUACAAUGUGCCCCAAAUCAUUUUCACAUCGAUUUGCACUUAGGCAGCACAUAAAUACGCAUACCGGUGAAAAACCAUACUUAUGUACUGUUUGUGGUAAAGGUUUUACACAAUCUUUUCAUGUAACAAAACAUAUGCGUGUUCAUACUGGUGAAUUACCGUUUCCAUGUACAAAAUGUGAUCGAAAAUUUCGAUUACACGAACAUUUAAAAAUGCAUGAUCGCAUACACACUGGAAUAAAACCAUAUGUAUGUAAAAUUUGUGAAAAAGAAUUUGCUAGACCUGAAUCAUUGACAAUACAUAAUCGAUCACAUACAGGUGAGAGGCCUUAUGCUUGUACUAUGUGUGAUAAAAGAUAUGUAUCAGCCAGUACGUUAGCACAACAUAGACGAGCACAUAAUAAAAAGAAAAACGAAAAUGAAAAAUUUAUGAGCGCAUUUUUAUUGCAAAAUAUGUCAAUGGGAACUGAUUCCGCUGUACAAUCAUAUGUAAAUAACAACGAAACUUGUAUUAUUGAAAAAGAUAAUAUGCAAACAAUCUUCCACGUUAUUGAUAUACUAGAAGAGUGUACAUCAGUGCAAGUAAACAUGGGCGAUGGUUUGCCAGAAUUAAUAUGUUUAGAAUGUCUUAAUCGAUUAAAUAACGCUUUUGAAUUCAGAAAACAAUGUAAAAUUUCGGAUAAAACAUUGAAUGAGUUAAAGGCAUCUGUUAAACUUGAAGAUAAUAAAUCAUUGAAUAAUGACAAUAAUAUUGAAAACAAAGAAGUGAAUAUCAAUUGUAAAUCAGAGAAAUCUUAUAGCAACAAUGAUUCAGAUUUUAAUAAUUUUGAUGAAGAUAGUGAAGAUGAGCUUUUAGUUAAUAGAAUUAAUCAAGAGGAUAAAUCUUUACAAAAUUUAGCUAAUAAUAAAAUAAAUCCACUUAAGUUACAAAAGGAUCUUGAUGAAUCGAACAGUAAUUGUGAAGUUUUGAAAAAUGGCAGAAGAAAACGGUUAAAAUUAAUUAAAAAAACAAUAUCGAAAAGAAAAAUAAAAAAUAAUAUCCAAGAUGGUAUACCUUGUCCAAAAUGCAAUCAUAGUUUUGAAUUAGAAUCUGAUUUGGAAAUUCAUAUGAUUACGCAUCAAGUAUUGCAUGAACUGAAAUGUCCGAAAUGUUUGAAGAGUUUUGAUAAUAUAAAAAAUUUAAAAAGGCAUCUUAAUAUUCAUAUGACUAAUAAACCGUACAAAUGUAAUGUUUGCAAUAAAUGUUUUGCUGCACCAGGUGCACGUAGUCGACAUUUACGUGUACAUACAGGUGAAAAACCAAUGGUUUGUUCAGAAUGUGGAAAACGAUUUUCAAAUUCUGGUGGAUUAUCAGCACAUAUGAAGUAUCAUAGCGGUAUUAAAAAUUUCACUUGUACAGUUUGCUCAAAAUCAUUUACUUUUCCAUUUGAGCUGCGAUGUCAUAUGAGAAUACAUACUGGCGAAAAACCUUAUUUAUGUACGAUAUGCGGAGAAAGUUUUUCUUUAGCAUAUUGUUUAACAAAACAUACACGUAAACAUACAGGCGAACGUCCAUAUUCGUGUACUGAAUGUGAAAAGAAGUUCAGGUUGAAUAAACAAUUAAAAUUACAUAUGCGUACUCAUACUGGUGAAAAACCACAUGUCUGUAAAAUUUGUGAAAUUGGUUUUGCUAGACCAGAGUCACUUGUUCGACAUAGUCGAUCGCAUACUGGAGAAAGACCUUAUGUAUGUAAUAUUUGUGGGAAAAAGUUUACAUCGGGCAGUAAUCUUACACAACAUACUAAAAGAUUACAUAAUAGAUCGAAAACAGAAAAUGACAAUUUUAUAAACACAUUCCUCUUACACAAUAUGGUAUUAGAAACAGAUGUCGGUCCAACAAAGCAAGUACAAUAAAAUUGCUUCUAUAGUAAAUUGGAAAUUAGUGGCCAAAGUACUUAUGUAAA